AUGGCGAUCCAUGAGACCGAUUUCCCGGCCAUCCGCGCCUGCAUUUUCGACAUGGACGGGCUUCUCAUCAACUCCGAAGACAUCAUAACUCUAUCCACGAACCAAGUUCUCGAAAAGUAUAAGAGGCCUCCCUUUGACCGAUCGAUUCGAGCCCAGCUCAUGGGUAUCCCAGACUCGACCAAUAGCGACACGUUCCACAAUUGGGCCAAUUUGCCUAUCUCCCGCGAACAAUUCGCUCGUGAAUCGACUGAAAACAUGCGCCGACAUUUCCCGACUUGCAAGCCGCAGCUACGAAUUGAAGACCUCGAGGCCGGAAACGAAACGCUUGCUGGGCUUCUUUCCGCCUGA